AUGGCUCCCGGGGGCAUGUCGUUGCAGCCUGUGCGAGAGUUUUCCUCGGUCGCCGCGGCGGCCGGGGCGGCGCAUGAGCUUUACGAUGCCGAGUGCGCCGGGGCGCGGCUCUGCCGGGCCAUCGAGGCCGGGGAGGAGCCCCUGCCGCAGGGGUUCGACGAUGUGGCGCACUUCCGGCUAGUGACAAUGGCGUUGCUCCUUUCGACCGGCUCGGUAUCCUUGUCGAAGGCCAUCGACAGGCACUUCCCGGAGCAUGGAGAUGUGGUGGUGUCGCAUUUGCCAGGCGCAAAGAUGGAAGCCCUGCGAGAGGCAUUGGUGGCAGGGCUACAACAGUCGCCGGUGCCCUCACUGGUGAUGAUCCGCAAAUCGUCAGGUGUGGUUAAAACGUCGAUCAUCCGGCACGGACCGGACCUAUGCCCGGAGUACAUGAUCCAUCUGCGGGGGCCGAUGCCGGCGGAGAAGGUGGCCCGCAUGCGAGAGCUGUUGCAAGAACGUCGGCACAGUCUCCGGGACAUGGGCAGGCAGUUGGCGAUGUCGGCCGCUCAACUCCGCUGGUACAUCAGGUACUACGAGCCGGGGGUGGUGCUACCCUAUUCCGACGGGCAGCCCGUGCGGCAACUUGCCCGGCCGGAGGGUUUGGGCCGGCUGACGCUGGGCGAGUACACGCGGCGCUUCCUGCCGGCCACUUCGCCGGUGCACCAGGCCCCCCCGGGCGAAGGGUCGCCGGCGGGCGAAGGGACCCAUGCGCUGGUCCGGGUAUCGGCGCAUCGUCAGCUCGCAUACUUCGACCCCCGGGCGCAUGGGUCCGGCCCGGGGACGAAUGUGCAGCUGUUGGCGCCGGGGCUGAGUCAGAACCUGGAAGCCGAGAUGCGGGGUCUGGCUGGACUGCGGCCCAUGCUGGCAGAGGUGGAAAUAGGUGAAUACUUGGGCAUAUCCUCGACUGGAACUUUCAAGCAGAUGGUGUCUUCCUUCGGAUGGCCCGAGGGCUUUUGGGAUUCGCGUCCGUCAUUCCGGAAGUACGCCCUGGCGGAUGAGGACAUCCGGCGGCUGCGGCGGCUGGCGAAGCAGGUGCACCCGUCCGGCCGGCGGAUGCGCUUCACGGUGCGGGAGCUGGCCGUCCAUCUGGGCCAGCAGCCGGAUGUGCUGUUCGGCAUGCUGUACCGGUAUGCGCCGGAGUACUUCUUCCUGGCGCUGGGCCCGGGGGCCGGGUCCGGGCCGGGGGGGAUGUACGUGCCGGAGGGGAAGCUGGCCGACCUGCUGGCGGCGGUGGAGGGGAAAUACCCGCGGCCGGUGCUGCACCAGGUGGCGGCGGACCUGGGCUGCGCCCUGCCGCAGGUGGUGAAUUCGCUGCGACUGCACGCUGCUCGACAGGGCGUCCGGUUUAUGGCCCCGGACUUCAUGCGACACGCGGCCGCACGGGCCUUUCAAGUGGAGCAGGCGAUGAUGGCACAUCCCGGCGCAUCCGUCCUCGAAUUAUGUGCUUCUGCCGAUGACUUGACGAUAAAUCCUGUCUACGAUGCCCGGCCCUAUAUUUGCUUUGAGUAG